UAAUGUGACUCUGAAGAUAUCAAUGAUUGCCAAUCCAACACCGACGUUCACCUGGUACAAACUGAUUGAUGAAAACAAAAUUAAUAUUGUGUCUGGUAGUUCAUCUACAACUGACGUUUCUACUGUUGGGAAACUUACACUAACGAAUGUUCAGCAUGGAGAUGUUGGUACCUACCAAGUAGUUGUGUCAAAUGGAGUUAAAAAUACAGAUCUUGUGAAUAACCUGACACUUGAUGUAGCAGGUCCCCCGAAUAUUCCCAUGAAUGUCACAGUAUGGAGCAAUGGUUCACACUCAGUCUCGGUGUCUUGGAUAGAGGAAUUUAAUGGAGGAUCAAAUCAGAGGUUCCUUAUACAAUACUGAGCAGACACAACAUCACAAUGGACAAAUCUCACUGAGCAGUUUCGAGAGAAAGGUCUCCACAUAAACCACACAGCUGUCAUAUCAAACCUUCAACCAGAGACGAGAUAUCUGGUGCGAGUUUUAGCUUAUAAUAAAUAUGGAUACAAAGGAUUUA